GCGGCAGUUUGUUUACAUUUUCAAACCUGCGGUGAAGGACGGGUGACCUGCGCAGGCCUGACCUUUCCUGACAUACGCCUUUCUCGCUACCACUGCACCUCACACACCAUCACCACCACCACCACCACCAGCAUGGGCGGCCUUACCAGCAAGUACCUGGAGGAGAUGAUGCACACCCCCCCUCGCUCCACCCACGUCCUCAAGAGUGACCCCCGCUCCCCCUCAGACAACAUCACCAGGACACCCAUCUCUGUAACCGACACCCCUGAGAGGGGCAGCAACGGCACCCCAGCGACCAAGGUGCUUCCCUUUGACCCACGCUCCCCCAGUACCGAGCUGGAACGCACCCCCAUAGUAGUGGAAACAAAGGAGACACGCAGACGCCCGUUCUCCCUCAAGCCGUCCCGCCUCAUUGACCCCAGCACAGUGGCCAUCAGCGAGGACCUGGACCCUCGUUCACCCACCUCCAGGGUUCCCAGGACGCCUCUUAGUGACCAAACUCACUCAUUCACAAACAAGGAAGUAAGCGAGGACAGACUGAGUGGCAAGGAAGUGCAGGGUGUGGAGAAAGAAGAGAAGGGUGAAGAGGAGAAGGACAACCAAGACGACCAUGAAUCCUCUGUCUCCUCUUCAUCAAGCAAUGAGGAGAACAAGGAAGUGUUGAGUGAGAUGCCACAAAAGGAGUUGUUGAGCCUGACAGGGAGCAACAAGAGGAGCAUGAACACCAGCCGCAACCCUCAGAGCAUCCUGCAAGCCAGACAGUGCCAGGCUAUAGAGGCAGAGUACACCAAGAACCAGCAGGUCAUUUUCACACAGCUGGCAGAGGAGACCAAGACACCCACACUCCCCUCCAACACUCAGUUUGUGGAGAACAUAUAGAAACCCACCCAACACAAAUGAUGGAGGAAUUAUGUAAGUUUCUCUCUGACACUGAAACUUGCCCGAAAUUUUGUGGCGGAUAGGAAACGAAUACUCAAAAGGCCUUCCAAUAUGUUUUUUUUUUUUUUUUUUUUUAGAGGGUAUGUAAGAUUUUCAGCCAAAACACUUGAUGGAGGAGAUAUGCAAGUUUCUCUCAAAUACUGAAACUUGCCCAUGAUUUAAUACCUGAUAGGAAACAAGAUAUUCAAAAGACCUUCCAAUAUAUUUUUUAUAGAGAGUAUAUAAGAUUUUCAUCAAUAAUAUCUCAUGGAGAAUAAGAUAUAUAAGUUUCUCUCUGACAUUGAAACUUUCCCAUGAUUUUAUACCUGAUAGGAAACGAGAUAUUCAAAAGACCUUCCAAUAUAUAUUUUGUAGAGAGUAUGUAAGAUUUUCAUCCAAAACACCUGAUGGAGAGCAAGAUAUGUAAGUUUCUCUCUGACACUGAAACUUGCCCAAAACUUUAUAUCUGAUAGGAAACAAGCUCUUCUAAAGGCCCUCCAGUAUGUUUUUUGUAGAUGGUAUAGAAGAUUUUCACCCCAAAAUAACUGGUAAAGAGCAAAAUAUCUAAACUUCCUUCCAACUUUCAAUGUGUAAGAUAGAGGGAUUAUCUUGAUACAGCUAAUUAAAAAAAGCAAACAAGAUAUUCAAGCAGUUUAUGGAGAAUAUUAUAAGAUUUUCACCCAAAACACCAAGGAAAUCUUGACACAACUGAUACUGAGCAAGAGAUCCAAGGUGGCACUCUAACGCUGGUGACUUUGUAAGCUUUCUACCCUAUACAUUAACAUAUCUUUGCCUUCCAACUCUCUGUACAAGACUUCCGGCCAAGACAACCAACCAGCAGUGCAAACUAUAUAUCAAACGCUGUGCUCUACAUGUUAGUGGUAAUAUGGGGAGACUUGGUUAAUGGUUAAGUUAAGUUAGGUUUAGUUUGUCCCGGCAGGUUUUGCUUGUGUAUUGCGGUUUCUUGUGCUACUCGUGUAUAUAUUUCCUCUCCCAGUACGCAAACAUACCCGUGCCUUAUAGCAUUUAGUGUCUGUUAUGGUGUCUAAGCUUCUGGUGAGGCUGCUCUUCAUUCUAGUUAACUCUUGUGAUGUCUCUUUAAUUCAGCUCAGCCCUUUACUGCUAUACUUGUUUUGUUUACAUGAUCACAGAAAAAAGGAUCAAAUUUAGUCCUUCCCGGGUUACAUGAUUACUUAAGACCAGUACAAAUUAACAAAGUAUAUGCUAAGUUGUAAACCAUUAUAAAAAAACAUUCCUCAACACCCAUUUGUUCUUUCCAGGUUACAAAACUAAGAGAAAGAGAUUAAUUUUGCUUUCUGAUCCUAUAGCUAUUUAAGGACUACAGUACAAAUAAAUAUGAAAUAAGUGGUAAAACAUUAUGAGAAACAGUUUAUAGCAGUGAAAGGGUUGGUAAUCUUGAGAAGGCCAAUCAUGUAGUGUUUGUAUAAGCUGGGCAGGGACUGGCUUAUGUAUCUGAAUAUCCAAGCAGCUUCAGGUCCCAGUAACUUCCUGCCAAUGAAUUGGGUACUAUAUCUGGCUCAAUUCAAAGGUCCAACAAACAUUUAAGCCUUUUCAUGUGCCACUACUAGCAAUAUUCUGGGAUUCCUUGGGUCCUUUUCUCUUUAAGUGCCAAUUACUUCCUACCAAUGCUCUGGGUACUAUAACUGCCUCAAUUCAAGGGUCCAACAAACAUUUAAGCCUUUUCAAGUACUACUACUAGCAAUACAAUAACUGGCUGAUUUGAUUUCAAGGGUUCUUUUUCUCUUCAGUUGCCAGUUACUUCCUACCAAUGCUCUGGGUACUAUAUCUGGGUCAAUUCAAGGCUCCAACAAACAUUUCCUAUUUCAUGUACCACAACUAGCAAUAUUCUGGGAUUCCAAGGGUCCUUACUUACCAAUUCUCUGGGUACUAUAGCUGGCUCAUUUCAAGGGUUAUUUUCUGUUUUCUCAAUUAUAUGCUCAGAUUGUCUUCAUAUAAGCAAAACUGGACACAAUGACUAACUGAUUUUAAUGGUCUUUUUUUUCUCUUUGGUUACCAGUUACUGCCUAGCAAUUCUGUGGGUGCUAUAGCUGGCUGAUUCCAAGAGUUAUUUUCUAUGUAUUUUCAGCUAGAUACUCUUGGAUAUUGGGUUCAUACUAGCAAUACUCUGGGUACAAUAGUUGGCUGAUUUCAAUGGUCCUUUUUCUCUUUGGGUAUCAGUUACUACAUGUUAAUUUUGUGGGCACUAUAGCUGGCUCAUGUCAAGGGUUAUUUUCUGUGUUCUCAGCUAUACUCUUGGGUUGGGGUUCAUCUCUGAGAAUAUUAUUGUGCCAUUCUCCUCUGGUGUGUUAGAGGAGUGUCAUGUGUUGAUUGCCAAGUGCCACAAGAGAAGAGAGGUGAUAAGGUGAGGUGUGUUCAUAUAGAGUUCUUCUUUUGUCUGUCCUUUCUUGCUACUUGCAUACAUAUACUGGCGAAUAAUAAAUACUAUAUCAAGA